GGCUACGUCCCCGGCUUUGUUGUGCUCGCCCGCCCGGGCUCACGGGCGAGGGGGCGGGGAAGCGGAGGGAAGGGAAGCGGGGAAGGCGGCCGCGUCUCCUCCUCCGCCUCCUCGGUCCCGCUCAUGGCGACGCUGGGCACAUCCGGGCUUCUCCUCCUCCUCCUCCGGCGGCCGCCGCUGCCCUGAGCGCCCAGCGCGACUCCAUUAGCGCCUCCCCUCCCCCCGUCUCCCUUCCCGGACCCAGAGGCAGGGGGAGCCCCGGGCAAGGCAGCGCCGAGCCCGUGGAGCGGCCGGGGACAUGUCCAACCAAGGGGCCCGGCGGAACGGGCCCGUCAAGCUGCGACUGACAGUACUGUGUGCAAAAAACCUGGUGAAAAAGGAUUUUUUCCGACUUCCUGAUCCAUUUGCUAAGGUUGUGGUGGACGGAUCUGGCCAAUGCCAUUCUACAGAUACUGUGAAGAAUACACUUGAUCCAAAAUGGAAUCAGCAUUAUGACCUAUAUAUUGGGAAGUCGGAUUCAAUAACAAUCAGUGUGUGGAAUCACAAGAAAAUUCAUAAAAAGCAGGGAGCUGGUUUUCUGGGUUGUGUGAGACUUCUCUCAAACGCAAUCAACCGCCUUAAAGACACUGGUUAUCAGAGAUUGGAUCUGUGCAAACUUGGGCCAAAUGACAAUGAUACUGUUAGAGGACAGAUAGUAGUAAGUCUUCAGUCCAGAGACCGAAUAGGCACAGGAGGACAAGUUGUGGAUUGCAGCCGGUUAUUUGAUAAUGAUUUACCAGAUGGGUGGGAGGAACGGAGGACUGCUUCUGGAAGGAUCCAGUAUUUAAAUCAUAUUACACGAACAACUCAGUGGGAGCGACCAACACGGCCAGCAUCUGAAUACUCCAGUCCCGGCAGGCCACUGAGCUGUUUUGUGGAUGAGAACACUCCAAUUACGGGAACAAACGGUGCGACCUGCGGGCAGUCAUCGGAUCCUCGGCUGGCAGAGAGGAGAGUCAGGUCACAGAGGCACAGAAAUUACAUGAGCAGGACACACUUGCACACUCCUCCCGAUUUACCUGAAGGAUACGAGCAAAGGACGACUCAGCAAGGUCAGGUCUAUUUCCUGCAUACUCAGACUGGUGUUAGCACUUGGCACGAUCCGAGAGUACCCAGGGAUCUUAGCAACAUCAAUUGUGAAGAGCUUGGUCCACUGCCUCCUGGAUGGGAGAUCCGAAAUACAGCAACAGGCAGAGUUUAUUUUGUUGACCAUAACAACAGGACAACGCAGUUUACAGAUCCACGGCUAUCUGCUAACUUGCAUUUAGUCUUAAAUCGCCAGAAUCAACUUAAGGACCAGCAGCAGCAGCAGCAGGUGGUGUCCCUGUGCCAGCUCCCCGACGAGGCUGAGUGUCUCACCGUGCCGCGCUACAAGCGAGACCUCGUGCAGAAACUCAAGAUCCUCAGGCAAGAGCUGUCACAGCAGCAACCUCAAGCUGGCCAUUGUCGUAUUGAGGUCUCCAGGGAAGAGAUUUUUGAGGAAUCCUACAGGCAAGUCAUGAAGAUGAGGCCAAAAGACCUGUGGAAACGAUUAAUGAUAAAAUUUCGUGGGGAGGAAGGCCUUGAUUAUGGAGGUGUUGCCAGGGAGUGGCUCUACCUAUUGUCCCAUGAAAUGCUGAAUCCAUAUUAUGGUCUCUUCCAAUAUUCCCGAGAUGAUAUCUAUACACUGCAAAUUAAUCCAGACUCUGCAGUCAACCCGGAACACUUAUCGUAUUUCCAUUUUGUUGGCCGAAUAAUGGGGAUGGCCGUGUUUCACGGACACUAUAUUGACGGAGGCUUCACGUUGCCUUUCUAUAAGCAGUUGCUGGGGAAGCCAAUUACUCUGGAUGAUAUGGAAUUGGUCGACCCUGAUCUUCAUAACAGCUUAGUCUGGAUCCUUGAGAAUGAUAUCACAGGGGUUUUGGAUCAUACGUUUUGUGUAGAACACAAUGCAUACGGGGAAAUUAUUCAACAUGAACUGAAACCCAAUGGCAAAAGCAUCCCUGUGACAGAGGAAAAUAAAAAGGAAUACGUCAGACUGUAUGUAAACUGGCGGUUUUUACGAGGAAUUGAAGCUCAGUUUCUGGCUCUACAGAAGGGAUUUAAUGAAGUAAUCCCACAACAUCUGCUGAAGACAUUUGAUGAGAAAGAGUUAGAGCUCAUCAUUUGUGGACUGGGAAAAAUUGAUGUUAACGACUGGAAGGCAAAUACUAGGUUAAAACACUGUACCCCAGACAGCAACAUUGUGAAAUGGUUCUGGAAAGCUGUGGAGUUUUUUGAUGAAGAGAGGAGAGCACGACUUCUCCAGUUUGUGACUGGCUCCUCCCGAGUGCCUCUGCAGGGCUUCAAAGCACUACAAGGUGCUGCAGGCCCACGACUAUUUACAAUACACCAGAUUGAUGCCAGCACUAACAACUUGCCGAAAGCUCAUACCUGCUUUAACCGAAUAGACAUUCCUCCUUACGAGAGCUACGAGAAGCUCUAUGAGAAGCUGCUAACUGCUAUUGAAGAAACGUGUGGGUUUGCUGUGGAAUGACCCUUCACAGCCUUCCCCAAGACUCUAUUUAUACUCCUGUCAGCCAGAAAGCCCUUCCCUCAGCCAAGACUCAAGAAAUGCUUGAAAUACAGGAAACUUUCCCUUUUCUACACUAGGACACUGGGAGGGAAAGGACAACUUUGGAAUUUUUUUUUUUUUUUUUUUUUUUUUUUUUUAUUUCAAGAAAAUAGGUUCUGUGGUUUCUGCCAUAGGAUCAUUCAGCUGCUAUUAAAAACUAGUAUCUUGAACAUACAGAAUGCUGACUUUUCCUACAUUUCAACAGUUAAGCAGUAUUCUAUACUUAAAGACUACUACUAUUUUUGUAAUAGGUAAUCUAUUAUAUUUGCCUACCUGAUUUCUAUUCUCAGAUACCAAGACACAACUUCAGCAGUCGGUACAAGUCAUGUUUCAGCCUGUUUUAGAUGUAUGAUACUGAACAGCAUCUAUUCCUGCUAUUUUUGGAAAAAAUAUUUUGGAUUAUUCUAACUUUGCAUAAAAUUGGCUGAAAAAAUCAUUAAUCUUUUUAAUUAAAGCCACUUACAUGUUAACUGCGUUUUCUUAUAGUAAAACAUUAUAUUCUGCAAUGUAAAUUCGAACUUAAAUGUUACCACAGGGGGCUUUUUUAUAUUUUUCAGGCAUGAAUUACAAAUACGAUGUUUUGGGAUUCUAUUUAUAUCACGUCAGAUUCCUUAAACAAAUUUCUAGUGUGAGUGACACAUACUGUAUUUGGUACAGUACUUGUGUUGAAAUGUAGAAUAGACCUUUUUUAAUGAACAGUAGACGUUUUGAUUUUUUUAAAACAGCAUUUUUCUAACAAGUGUGUCAAGAGUAUUUUUUGUUGCUUUUGACUUUAAACACUGCAUUUUCCAACUUUUUAAGUGUGCUGGUGAGGUGACAUUUGACAGCAGAAGCCUCUCAGCAGUUCAUUUCAGAAACCAUCCUGUCCAGUCAACCAAAGUGUGUUUGAAUGCAGCCAAAUCACAUUCUGUAUUUGUUGAUGCUAAAGAUAUAUCAGGUAAAACAUGUUGUAAUCUUUGUCCAGCUGCUCAUGACAUGUGGGUUUCAGUUACAACUAGGUAAAAACGGUGUAUGAGCUGAAAUAUGUGUAAUGUGCUUUGCAAAUGAGGUUUUAAAAGCACAUAAUUUAUUGAUUGUAGGGAUGGAAGUAAGUAUAUAUAUGAAUUAUAACAUGGGUUGAUCUCUUCAAAGGGGAAAUAAAAUGCACUACCGGUAGAGGGAACUGAACUUCGAAGUUAGUUUGACAAUUCUCAGUUAAGAUCUGUCUGAUCUGCUCGUGGUGGGUAGAUAAAUCAGUCUGCUUAAGAGAUGGUGGCAUUCUCUUCUCAGCGGUGUGAACAUUUGGAAUAAGUAGCUGUUUUUUUCUAAUCAGUGGUGCAUUUUGUUAAUUUAGGUUAUGAUUAGUCAUCAAAUCUGCACUAUUUUUACACUGCUAAUGAGAAGAAAGUCAGGGGUAUUGAAAAUGCUGAAAGAAUGGGAUGUAAAGAGCUGUUCCAUCUUUGCAGUGUAAGUCUCACAGUGAACUGGCUAAUUUUCUGUCUGUUCUGUAGAGCCUGAACUUAAUUUUGUUCUGCCAAAUCUGACUGCUGCAGUGAGUAAACUACUGCUGGAUGUUGAGUAUUAGGAUAGCGGGCAAUGGGCUGCUGUUGUAGAAUUGUGGUAAGAAUCUGAUGAGCCAAAUCCACAUGCUCCUUUUAUUUUUUUUUUUUUUUUUAUUUUUUGUACAGCUGUUGCUGGAAGGUUUGUUCUAAGAGACGCUUCCCAUUUGGGGCUGGCUGCAGGGAUGAGGCUACUUAGGGAUGUAAACAUAAAGCUAAGAAACUUGCUUUGACAACCAGGUUUGAAAUAUGUCAGACCCUUUUUUUCUUCAUUUCAAGGGCCAAUUACACUCAUGUACAACAGCCAUUAUUUUUGCAUCUCCAGCUGUCAUCCCCAGUGCACGGCUUUCAGAUAGUCCUCUUACCAGAGAAGCCACCACCACAUCUGGCCAGGUUGCCUGGGAGAGCAAAGUAGAUCGUUGGCCAGGGUUUUGUACUCAGUUCUGCUGCCUGCGGCUGGGACCACUGCUUCAGACGCUCCUGAAGCCUUUUCUCACAUCUCCCACACUCCCCCCUGCCAAGUUUUGAGGUGUGCUGUCAAUUCUGUGUACAGAGACUUCACAGGGACAGGUUCUUUUGACCCCUUUACACAGACAGUGUUGGACAAGUGGUUCUUUAUUCCCCCCCCCUGCUCUUGCUCAGGCUCUGGCUGCAGCCUCCCUAGUCAUGAAGCAUGAAAAGUGUAAAAUGCAGCUUGAUCCAGCCUUUGGGAGAAGCUGGUACUCUGGUAGGUGAUUGGAGGGGAGAGUGCUCUCUGCACCAGGCAGCCCCCUCAGCACUGGCUAAAAAUCUGUCUCUGUUGUGGCUCCUGACCACACCAUCCACACCCACCUCCCAGCAACCUUCUCCCUGUCAGCCCGCUUGGGCUGGUAGAUUUUUGAAGGCACAGUUAUGGCCACCCUUAUGUCAUAAAAGCUUUUUUGAGGAGGAAGAGAUGAGCUCUGCAGAAUAUAGACUCUGACUCAGCUGAUAACUACCGUUCAUUUUCACAGCAGCCUUAGCAGUACGUCUGUUCUGCCAAACAUUUUGGCAGGGCAUAGUUGGUUUUUUUUUUUUAAUUGCCACAGAUAAAUAUUGAAAUUUAAUAUAUUAUAGGCAAAAGUAGACAAAUCUACAUUUGAAUUUCCAUAGCUGACAGAUGAGGCUGAAUAUACCAAGUAUCUUGAGUGCCUUUCUACCUUCCUAAUGACUGAGAGCUUUAACGAAAGCACCUCAUCAGUUGUUUAUCUGAAAAUGUUAAAGGGUUGAUUCCUUUGCAAAAUUUUGUUUCGAGAUCUUGUCAGCUACUUUCCCCUCAAAAAGGUGCUAAGCCUAAUAUUGCAUUUUAACCUUGGACUUUUCACCCCAUGAUUAAUGUGAAUAUUUAUUUCAAUGUGUCCCUCUUACUGGGUUUUACUUUAUCCAGUCUUUAGUUGUUUUAGAGAGAUGUCACAUCAUGGUUUUAUGCUGUUGCUUUUCAUUAUGAAUGUUUAAUUAUGAACAGUGACUUUUGUAGAUUUCAAUAUACAGUACACAGUUGAGUUUCAGAGGAUUUAAUUUCUCGGUGUAAAGAGUUUUGUAAUGGUGCUUUGUACAGUAUGUAUUCUAAUUUUUUUUGCACAUAGUUUCAGUUUCCCUAAACUGAUUUAUUUGUACCAAAUUUUUGUGUUGUACUAAAGUCCAGAGCACACAAGCCGUUUCUUAAAUUCUUGGUCUACAACACUACGCCUGUAUUGAAUUUCUGGUGCAUUUAAACUGGCUGCAUUGAUGGAAGUAAAGGCUUUGCUUCUAUAUCCCAAGUCUGCAUCAUACAGCUUAAUGUAGCAUGCUCUGACUGCUUCAGAUCUUAAACAGCACCACACAGUUAUCAGGUGCCAUCUAUUGGACUUCACACUAUGUAGUAGGUUUCUGGCUCUGCCACAUCCUCAGAGCUUUGUCUGUAGUUGUAAUUAGUUAAUACAAGUGUAAUUACUCCUCCACAAACUGACAGUUCUUAGUUUAUCAUUUCCAUUGUAUUUAUUACAGAGUGUUUUAGCAUUGCUAUCAUUGUAUUUUCACCCAGCUGUUACAUGAGCUUUAACAAAAAAAAAAAUCUGUAUAAAGCGGUUUUUAAGUACUUAAUGUAUGUACCCAUGCAGAAAUUGAGCAAUAAAUUGUAUGCUGUUUGCACUGUCACAGCAUCAAUGGUUUUAAAAA